UCUUUCCUUUGAUACAUUCAGGGUAUCCUAAUUUUGCACAUUAAUGGAAAUGAUUCCUUUCUGAACUGUGAUAGGUCACUUACCUGUGUCAUAUUUGUCUUUCUGGUUUAAUGAAUCCUUUUUUCCAUUUGGUUUAAUUGCAAGCUCACAGACUUCAUAAAGCAGCCUUUUUGUAUGUGAAUGUAUAUAAAGUUAGUUUAAGUAUAUAUGAUUUCUAAAUCAUAUUUUUAAUAGUGUUUCUUGAAACACUGGAAAAAACUACAUUUUAUGCCAGUUGUAUAUGUUUAUAUCUAUGGGAAGGUGCUGUAGAAAAUUGUUGUGCAUGUCUUCCAAGUUUUGAGAUCAGAACACAGAGACACACACAUAUGAGAGAGAGCACUCAUGUAAAUUUUCACAUUUGUUUUUGUAAACUAAAAUGUAAUAGUAGGCUACAUCAGUGAUGGUGAAUCUUUAGAGCUUUCAGUGAUGACAAACAGCGAGUUAUGGCAAGUGUGCCAUAGAUUUGCCACCCCUGGGCUUGGUGUACUGAUCUUUACCUUGAGUAUUUCAUUUGCUCUCCUAAGUGGUCAUAUUUAUAGGCCACUUCUUACACAUUUUGUAUGCUCUUUUAGUAAUCUUGGUAAAUUUUACUUUGACUAUACCUUACUAUUUAAAAUCAACCAAUAGAAAUAGAUGUUUAAGCUUUUCCUACUUUUGAUUUUAUGAGCCAAAUUUAUAGUAAACAUCUUCAAUGUCCAAGUCUGUCCAUAAUAUUGCUCUUAUCUUAAUAGGCUAUAAUCCUCAGAACAGAGUUGCUGGGUUCUAUGAUGUGCACAUAGUUGCUUUAAUACAUUUGAGAAACUGAUUUUAAAUUUUGCCCAACUGCACUCUAACUGCUAUUUUCUUUGAGAGUUGUAGAUUUUUUCCUACCUUCUAUUGCUCCAGACUUUGUCAAAUAUUUAAAGUUUUCUUAGUUUUCUGGACAAAAAUUUUGUAUAUGGCUGCUGUAGUUUAUAUGUCCCACUGCCAUUGCUCUGGUGGCCAUUUGCAUCCCUUGUUUUGUGAAUUACAUAAUCAUGUUUCUUAAUUUUGGAUGGAGCUCUUUUCACAAAUAAUAGUUAUAAGGCUUGAAUAUUAGGAAUUUCUUCACUUUUCUCUAGGGAUUGCAAACAAUUUUUCAUUGACUUCUUCAUUUCUUUUGUCUUGCAGUGUUUCACUUUUCUGUAGUCAAAUUGUUUAACCUUAAUUUAUUACUUUCUGGGUUUUCUUUUGAGAACUUUUCCCCGGAAAUAUGUUGUAAAUAUAGUUUUAUUCUUUAAAAUUAUGUAUAUAUUGUAUAUAUACAGAAAUAGAUUGUGUGUAUAUAUAUAUUCUUCAAAAUUCUAAUAUUGAAGGCCUUGAUUUUUUUCAACUAGCCCUUUAAUCCACAGAGUGAAGGUAACCAGUUUUACUUAUUUUCUGAAAGUAUAAUUGACUGAAUUAAUAUCACUUAGUAAUAAUUGUGUUCUCAUUCACAGAACAGAAAUGCAUCUUAGUCUCAUUUUAAUUUUCUAUAUUCUUUGAGUCUGCUUCUGACUACUCACUUUGUCUUUUUUCCAAAUAUAUGUAUUUUUUUUCUUAAGAGACAACAAAAGAAUAAAAAUGAUACAGAAUUUCAAAACAAAAUAGUAAAUUAACACUUGUUAAUAUAUUCAUACUGCUAUCUUAAAAGUAGUUGCUCAGAUUACAGGAUUUUACCGAGGAAACAGAUCCUCUUUUGGUGUUUAUCCUUGAGAACUACAGUUUAACUAAAUAGUGUGUUUUAAUGUCUGGUAGUGAAAUAUGUGUGUUUGCAAUUUGCACUUCUAAAUUUUGUUGGUUAUCAUCAUAUUUUCCUUCAUCAAAUGAAAAAUUGGUUAUUUAGCCAUGUUCUUAUUUUUUCUCAUGAGUUAGUUAGAUUUUUUAGGCAAAAAAUAUAAUCAGUAAAUGAUUUCCUCCACAUAUUUGUAGUUCUAAGAUUUGUAUCACUAUGAGGAAAUUCCAGAGGCCGUUUAUCUUUACAGGGAAAAGGUGGAUUUUUGUUCAUAGGUCUAAAAUUUACAGUCCGAACUGUGUGGUUUCAGCAUUUUGAGUCUUCUGCCAGGGCACUGCAUUAUGGUGAGUGUGGGAGGGGACAAGUUCUCCCUGCAAGAACCAGGAAGCCAAAUGUGAGACUCCAGAGGGAUGAAAUCCAUGGUCUUCUUCCAGGACCCUUGUCCAUGUGUCUCCCUCCAGGCUUCUGAGUUUCACGUGACCUGAGGCUCACGUGGUGGAGGCUUACCACCAUGGGGCCCAAGUCCUUAGCAUGCACUUCCAAAACGUUGUGUAACAAUACCAGAGGGCUGGGUCACUGAAACUUGGAUUCAAUCAUGUAUAAUUGCAGAAAUCUAGAGAAAUACAUGAGUAAUAUUUUAGGUGAAUGAAGAGUUGUUUCAUUUAGAUUAAGCACCUGAUUGAAGCAGGUAUACAUUUGUAUGAGAUUGUUUUUAUCAGGUUGAUCUUAUAGCUAAAUUGUGGUCUGAGACAUAUUAAUAGGAUUUUAAGGUUGGGUGUUUUUCGGUCAGCAAGUGACAAAGUAAAAGUGUUUAAUUUCUGUGAAGCAGAGUGAUUAGUUUUACUUGCAUCAAUAUUUUGCUUGAAUUUCUACUCCUGGCAAGACCAGGACCCAAAGAGGCUGAAUCUAAGCCAUACAGUUUCUUUGUGCUUUCUGGUCUGUCUUGUGCUGUUUACCCCGGCUGGAUCCUGCAACUUCCUGCACCAAGAGCAAGUUCAGUGUGGUUCACUGGCUUGCCCAGAGUGGUUUAGAGAUAGAAAAGAUGUGUGCAAUUCUGUAUCACCCAUCAGAAAAAGCUAUUUCUUAAAAUGUGAAACGCAUUGUGCCAUAUCGUGUUUUCUAUAUACUUUGUUAUUUGUAUAUUCUAAUAUAUAUUUAAAAUAUAUAGUAAAACAUGUGAUAAAAGUGAUUAUGUAUGUAUUUAAAAAAUGAAAGUACAGUUUAUAUUGUUGUUGAAGUCUAUGAAAGAUUUUAUAAAUUUAUGUGUUUAUGACUGGAAAUGAUGUAAGAUUCUGAAAGAUAUAUUCAGAUGUCAAAAAUGGUCUAUUGACUUAGAGUCUGGAUGGCAUAAAAUUCCAAAAGAAUGUUUUCAUCCAGUGUUUUGUGGGCUCCAUACAUUUCUCCAUUCUAAUGUCAGGUGUACAGGCUGUCUUGAGAAAACCAUUCACUUUUCAUAUUGCUUAGAAAGAUCAGGCAUGGUGUGAAGUUCAUUCCCUCAAUGAGACAUGAUAGGGUGUGUAUGUUUGAUGCUUGGGUAUUAGUGAGCUUGUUUGUAUGUGUCUUUGUGUGUAUGUGUUUGUGUGCAGUUCCUUCUGUCCUUCUUUGUCCUUGUUUCAAAUGUGCAGCCAGUCUCUUGUAAAAUCAACUAAUUUGGCAUCUUGGGUGAACCAGCAUCUGUAUUGUAUUUCUGAUGAAGGAAAAGUGAAGGAUAGGGUUUGUUUGAUUGUGCGUUGUGUCUGUGAGCAUGUGUGUUUGUAUGCAGUGUUUUAGGCCCUAUGUAAGGUGUACUCCUGGGGCCUCCUGUAACCAAAUCAUCCUGAGUUCCUGGAUAUAUCUGAUUAUGGAAUUAAUUUCUUUAUCAAGUAGAGUAUAUCACCAUUCAGGAAAACAUUAAAACUGAUUUGAUGGGGGAGACAAAGAAAUCACACCCAGUCUCUUCCAAUUUUUGAUGGGUUUCAGUACAAUUAGCUUCAAAGUCUAAGUGGAAGAAAUGCAGGCGUGGUGUGUACAAUUAGAGUUAUAAAGGCCACAGAGGUAUGCAGGUGUUAUAGAGCUACACGGCAAUAAGGCUGGAGAGGCAUGCAAGUGGUACUGAGCUAAUGGCAAUAAUGCUGUAGAGGUAUGAAAGUGUUACAGACAUACAUAGCAAUAAGGCUGUAGAGGGAUGCAGGUGUUACAGAGCUACACGGCAAUAAGGCUGUAGGGGUAUGUAGGUGUUAUAGAGCUACACAGCAAUAAGGCUGUAGAGGGUGCAAGUGUUAUAGAGCUACAUGGCAAUAAGGCUGUAGAGGGAUGCAGGUGUUAUAGAGCUACAUGGCAAUAAGGCUGUAGAGGUAUGCAGGUGUUACAGAGCUACACAGCAAUAAUGCAAUGGAGGUAUGUGUUAUAACUUGGGCCCCGGUAUAAAAUCCAAGGAGGCAAGAGACCGAAAAUUUAGGUGGCAAAGGCUUUAUUUCCAGGCCUGGCGACCAGUCUCCGGGAGCCAAUUUGGAGACUGUGUCCCAGAGACUGAAGGGAGGACUUUAAAAAGAGGCUGGAGGAAAAGUGGGGGGGGGGGAGAAACAAAGAAAUCUGCAGAGCCAUCAAACUUGUUGACCCGAGUCUGGAAACUGUAUUGCUGUCCACUUAGCUCUGACAAUCUCGGGAGUUCCUGGUGUUUCUCAAAUUACUCCCAUCCUACAGACUGGCAUUAUCUCGGAGUGGCACAUCUGCAGUAAUAUUUGGAGAAGAAAGUGGAGAAGUUAAUUAUCCCAGGACAGCUCGUUUUCGCUAGUGGGUGCGAAGGGGUCAAGAGUUACAAGAAGCUGAAACUUAAGUUUUACAAAGAUCUGAUAUCUAACUCAUUUGAUGCAUACAGAACAAAAGGAAAGCACCGGUUGGGGUUUGGGCCAUAGUAUUUCCCGGUAAUUUCUUUGAAGCUAAACAGUUCUUAAAAUUGGGGCAGGCUCAUUUUAUGACAGAUCAUCACCGGGUCGGGAAGAGGUCACCAGAAACCCAAAUUCUUUAUGGCCUAGAUAGAUAGGUGAGGGGAGAGGGAGGCAAUAAGGUGCCAUACAGGACAGAAAACGGCGGUUAUGUGUCAAGGUCAGGGUAAAGGAUUAAACUCAUACGCAAAUCUCUCUGCACACAAGCAGGUUACUUUAAACAAGUGUAAAUUAAUGGGCCAUUCUAGUUUUCUUUAGCUCUUUAGCGGAGAAUAGAGGCGCCUAACAAUGAUUAACAACCCUUGUUAGCUUGUUUUAGCACAACUUCUGUAGUUUGUAGAGGGCAACAAUGGUUAACAUAUCAAUUAGGUGAGAUUCUUGCAAUUCUUUACAGAGGAGAGUGUUGCUCAACAUAUCAAUUAGGUCACUUAACAUAUCAGUUAGGGAAAAAGGAAAAAAAAACACACUUAGUAAGCCACGUUUGCAGGUUGGCUAUAAUACACAUAUAAUGAAGCUAUUUUCUUAGAGUACAACAGUAUGCAGGUGUUACAGCAUUGCACGGCAAUAAGGCCUUAGAGGAAUUUAGGUAUUACAUGGCAAUAAAAAAUCUGUGUUUCUACUGUUGUUCUGACUUUAUGGCUUCAUUACAUAGUCCAAAUUUAUAUUCAGCUGUUAGUUACUGACCAGGAUUGUUGUCUUUUUUUUUUCCAAAUUUUUAACCUUAUACAAAAACGAAACUGUAGUGUAAUGAAUUUGUGUGUCCAUUCUUAAGUACAAAUAAAUUUUCCUGUUUUGUUGCAUAUAUUCAUUUGUCCCCUUUAUGUCUUUCAAAAUUUUUGCUGUCAUUUCAAAAAUACUCUUCAUUUGUGCUUUUGUCCCAAAGUAUCUUACUUAACAAGAAAAUAAUGAAUGAUGGGCGAAAGCUCUCCCUGAGCAAAGACCAAUGCCCUGGAACUCACUUCACUUGCUCUCAACUCCCAUAAUUGAAGAAGGUUGCUGGGCGUAGUCUACUCAGGCUGCAAAGCUUCCCAAGGCUAUUCUAGUGUGGCUGGGACCUGGGUGGGUCCUUGAGCUCUGAGAAUGAUGAUCCUAAUAAGUCUCUUGCGGCUCGGGAUGGCACGCAAACCCACCCCAGCCUCCAGCUGAGUUUCCCGGUUUGGGAGAAGGUCGCUGGGCUUGUCUUGGGCAGGCCCGAAAUCUGCCAGGAGAGUGCAGUCUAGUGUCUCUGGACUCUGGGCGGUUCCUUGAGCUCUGGGAGCGAUGAUCUUAACGCAGUCUCCCAGGCUAGGGAUGGGAACGGACUCACCCAGCCGCAAGCUGAAUUUUCAGGUUCUGAAGAAGGUUGCUAGGCGUGUCCUAGGCAGGCCUGAAACCUGCUGGACAAGUGCAGCCUAGUGUAGCUGGGUUCAGGGUGGGUCCUUGAGCUCUGGGAGUGAUGAUCUUAAUAAGUUUCCCAGGCUCGGGAUGGGGAGCGGACUCACCCCAGCCACCAGCAGCUGAAUUUUUCGGUUUUGGAGAAGGUUGCUGGGCAUGUCCUGUGCAAGCCUCAAACCUGCCAGACCAGUACAGCCUAGUGUGGCUGGGCUCUGGGUGGGUCCUUGAGCUCUGAUCUUAACACAGUUUCAUUUGUACAGGGGGUUACAGUUAAGAAUUUGCCAUAGAUCUUGGAGACUUGGGACUUGAACUUUUCAGCAAUGCUGAAACUGUUAGGACUUUGGCAACUCAUGGAGAUGGGCUAAAUCUUUUGUAUAAAGGAUGUACAUGAGUCAGUCCUAGGGGCCAGGGGUGGUAUGUCAUGGUUUAUGUUGGUGGCCCCCAGGCCUCUUGUGUUCCCAUUAUGCAUUUGUAAUUGAUUCAUUGUCUAGUGCUUGGAUUGGGGGUGUGAGUACUACACUUGCCUAGGGGUGGUGUAAUGCAAUGUAAUGGCAGGAAGAAGGUGUGUGCCUCUCUCUUGUGGGUUUCUGCCUUGCUGUUUGUAGACACCACGAACUGUGGCCCAGCCAUGCUACCCUUCCUUGGAGCUAACUGAAUAUAGACUGAAAACUCCAAAAACUAUAAGAAAUAAACCUUUCUUUUCCCAACUUUGGGCUUCAUGUAUUUUGUCUCAGCAACAAGUAAAAAGUAACCAAGGCAGUCAGGAACAGAGUUUCUGAGUUCAAUGAUGUACACAUAGUGUUUAAUAAUUUGAGGAACCACUUUUAUAUGUUAUAUCACCUCACUGUGAUUCCAGUUUUCUUUGAGACUUUCAGUUUUGCUAUGCCUGUCUGUCUUACAGACAUUGUCCAGUGUCUCAUGUUUUCUUAAUUUCCUGGACAAAAAUUUUGUGUAUAGCUGCUGUAGAUUUUAAAUCCUACUGCCAUUUCUCAGUUGGACAUUUGUAUUUCUUCUUUUGUGCAUUACAUAUUCAUGUUUAAUUAAAUUUGACAAAGCUGGAUUUCACAAACAAUACCUGUAAGGAUUGAAUACUAGGAAUUUCAAAUUUAGCUUUUAUCUGGGCAUUCCAAGCAAUUCUUCAUUGACUUUUUCAAUUUUUUUUUUUUUUUUGUCUUCCAGGGUGUCACGUUUGCAUAAUCUAAUUGGUUAACCUUAAUUUAGUGCUUUUGGAUUUCUUUUGAGUACUUUUCCCCAGAUCUGAGGCACAGAAAUAUCUUGUAUAUAUUUUGCUCUUUAAAACUCUUCCAGUGUUGAUACCUCACAUUUUUUUCCAGUUUAACCUUUAAUCUGCAGAGUGAAAGGAUUCAAUUACUUAUUUUCUGAAAGUAUAACUGAUUUUCUGAUACUACUUAAGAAUAAUUGUAUUCUCAUUCAUGGAACAGAAAUGCAUUUUUAUUUUGUUUAUAUUUUCUAUGUCCUUUGAGUCUACCUCUGACCACUCACUUUGCCCACUGUCCUCUUUUACUGUUGAUUCUUGAGAACUACAGUUUAAGAAUUGAGUUUUCAUGUCUGAUAGUGAAAUGCCUCUGUGGAUUGUCCAUGCUUCUAAACUUUGUUGGCUAUUCUCAUAUUUUCCUUUAUCAAAUGAAAAAUUGGCCAUCUAGCCUUAUUCUUAUUUUCUUAUAUGAAUUUGUGAGAUUUAUUAUGUAAAAACUCUCAUUGACUCAUAAUUAUCUCCAAUAUUUGUAGUGCCAAAAUCACUCAGCUUUGUGUAUCUAUGAGGAAUUUCCUGGGAUCUAUACCUGUAAAGGGAAAAGGUUGAUCUUGCUUCAAAGGUCUGAAACUUGCAGUCCAAAAUUGAUUAGUUGUGGUUUUAUGAGUGUCUAGUGAGCGCAUUGCAUUAUGGUGAGCGUGGGAGGAGGCAAGUUCUCCCUGCAGGCACCAGGAAAGCAAAUGUGAGACUCCAGAGAGAGGAAAUCCACAUUCUUUUCCAGGACCCUUGUCCAUGCAUCUCCCUCCAGGCUCCUAAGGCUCAUGGGACCUCCCAAUACCACCACCAUAGGGCUUAGCCCUCAGCGCACUGAACUUAAGGGUUUGUUCUUGCACACCACAGAAAUAUGUGCUUUUCAUUAUGAGAGCACACACUUCCAAAACAUUGUGUGAGAUGUUUGGAAGAUGGCUACUAGAUGGCUGGAUCACUGAAACUUGGAUUCAACUAUUUAUAAAAUGAAGAAAUCUUAAGAAAUACGUGAGUAAUAUUCUAGGUGAAUGAAUAGUUGUUCCAUUUAGAUUAAGCACCUGAUACCUUUUAUUGGAGGAAGUAUGCAUUUGUUUUAGUUUGUUUUGUCUUUAUACUCAUCGAGUUGAUCUUACAGCUAAAUCAUGAUCUGGGACGUAUUAAUAGGGUUUUGAGGUUGGGUGUUUUUUCAGACACUAGUGGCAAAAUGAAAGAGUUUAAUUUCUAUGAAGCAGGAUGACUACAGAUUUAGGUGCAUUAAUAUGUUGUUUGAAUGUCUACUCUUUGCAAGACCAGGACCCAUUGAGGUUGGAUCUGGGGACACAUUUCUCUGGCUUUAUGGUCUGUCUUGGUGCUGUUUAUCCUAGGCUGGAUCCUGCAAGUUCCUGCACCAAGAGCAAGUUCAGUGAUGUUCACUAGGUCACCCAUAGGACCUUAAAGAUAUAAAAGAUGUGUGUGAUUCUAUAUUACCCACCACAGAAAGAAAUUUCUUAGAAUGUGAAAUGCAUUGUGCCGGAUGGUGUUUUCUAUAUACUUGAUUAUUUGUAUAUUCUAAUAUAUAUUUAAAAUAUACAGUAAAAUAUGCAAUAAAAUGAUUAUGCAUGUAUUUAUAAGAUGAAAAUACAGUUUUUAAAGGAUAUAUAUUAAAGUCUAAUAAAUUUGUAUGUUUUUGAGUGUGACUGAAAAUGAUGUAAUAUUCUGAAAGAUAUAUUCAGAUGUCAAAGAUGAACCAUUGACUUAGAGUCUGGAUCAAAUAAAAUUAUAAAGAAAGUUUUCAUCCAGAGGCCUGUGGACCCAUACACUUGUCCAUUCUCAUGUCAGGUGUACAGCUGUCUUGAGAAACCUGUUAACCUUUCGUAUUACUUAGCAAGACCAGUCAUGCUGUAAAGUUCACCGCCCUGAUUGGAGGGAAGCUUUGGUGAUAGGGUGUGUGUGAUGAUGCUGGUAUACUGGUGAGUAUGUGUGUUUGUGUCUGUGACCAUGUGUGUUUGUGGAACUCGCAGAGAUUUUCGAGAGCUGGGCUGAAACCUGGGUUAUGGGAAAACCAUGUGUAAAUUUUUCUGUUUCACAAUUUAUGGUAAUAGAAACUUUAAUCAAUGAACACUGACUUUCAAUUUUGUGAUAUCUUAAUGUUAAAUUCCAUUCUUCAAUAUCUGUGUUUGCAAGUUCACCAUGUAGGGCAGUAAUAUAUUUGACAAUGAUGACAAACUGUCGAUGUCUGGAAUAUGUGCUUGUAGGGAUGUCGGCAAAUGAACCUCGCUAAUCAUUAUUGCUCUGAGUAAAUCAUUUUCAGUGAGUGCUGCUUCCUGUAUUGAUAUAUGAAUCUCCACCCAUUCUGUAGCAGGUUUUGUGCCUGUACUUGUUCUAACCAUUGCAUCACACACGCUGUGUCCGAGCACCUAGUUGACUCAGGGCUGUAGUCCCAAUGGCUCCUGUAAGUUCGCCUGUCCCUCUACCUCUGUUCCUGUGUCUGUUGCUGGCUUCAGGCUUUACCCAGGCAGGCAGGCUGCUGGUGGUGCCCUUGGAUGGGAGCCCAUGGUUUUCCAUGUGCUCUGUGCUAGAGAAGCUCAUCCAGAGAGGACAUGAAGUGGUUGUGGUCAUGUCAGAGGCUGGUUGGCAACUGGGACAGUCACUGAACUUCACAGUAAAGACCUAGCCAACUUCGUUUACUGUGCUGGAGUUGAAUCAUGCAUUUCAGCUUUUUCGUGACACUCAGUGGAAAACUCCGGAGCAAAGUAUGUACUCUAUUACAACAAGUUCAUCCAAACACUUUCUAGACGUUACCUUUUCAUGUUGUAGGGGUUUGUUUAAUGCACAGAAAAUAGUUGAGUAUUUAAAAAAGACUUCUUUUGAUGUGCUGUUGACGGAACCUUUCGAUGUGUGUGGCUUAAUUGUUGCCAAGUAUUUUUCAUUGCCAUCUGUGGCCUUUGCCAGGGUAGUAAUGUGCCACCUUCUUGAAGAAGGCACACAGUGCCCCUCUGCGCUUUCUUAUGUUCCCAGACUUUUCUCAGUAGUUUCGGAUGUUAUGAGUUUCAAAGAGAGAGUGCAGAAUCUUUUCACCCACCUGGAGGAGCAUUUAUUUUGCAAUUAUUUCUAUAAAAAUUCCUUAGAACUUGCUGCUGAAAUUCUCCAAAGACCUGUUAGCACAUAUGAUCUUUUCAGUCAUCCAUCAGUGUGGUUGUUACGCAUGGACUUUGUCUUUGACUUUGCCAGACCUGUGAUGCCCAACAUGGUUUUCGUUGGUGGAAUCAAUUGCCUUGAGGGAAAGCCCUUGUCUAAGGUACGUUCUUUCUGUCCUUUGGCACAGUCAGGGUAUCAUGACUUUGCACAUAAAUUAAAAAGAUUUCUUCCUGAUGAUCCAUGAAUGUCUUUUUGGUUCAAUAUGUUGCUUUGUUUUAUUUCAUUGCUGAUUUAUAAAUUUCAUACAGCAUCCUUUGUUUGUGUGCAUUAUAAAAAAUUGGUUCAAGUAUAUGUGAUUUCCAGAUUGUUUUUUAAUAUUAUUUGUCUCAAAAACACUGGCAAAAGCUAUAUUUUAUGCAAGUGUGCUGUUUCCACCUAUGGGAACAUAGUCUAAAAAUGUGUGUGCAUGAUUUCUAAGUUUUGAAAUUGGAACACAGAUGUGUAUGUAUCGCAUGCAAAAUUUCUCAUCACUAUGAGUAAACUAAAAUGAAAAAUGCACUAGAUGUAUUUCUCUUUGUCUUGAAUUUUUCACUUUUCCAUAUUAGUAGACACAUUCACAGGCCAACAUUAAAGAUUUGACAUAUUCUUUUAAUAAUUUUGUUAAAAAAUAUCUGGUUCCAUUUAAUUUAUAAAACCAACUGAUGGUUAAAAUUAUACUUUUUCUACUUUUUCCUUCUUGAACAAGACUCAGAAAAUACCUCUACCUGUUUUCUUUACAUUCAAAUAUUUUCAUGUUAUCUUUAUUACCUGAAUAAUCUGAAGUGCCAGGAACAGAUUGUCUGGGUGUAAUGCACAUAUCCUUCUUGAAUAAUUUGCUUUUGUAUGUUAUUUGAUCUCACCCUAGUUUUACUUUUCUUUGAGAGUUUUGUUUUUUUAUGACUCUCUGGAUUACAGACGUUGUCUAAUGUUUAAGGUUUUCUGAAUUUUCUGCUCAAAAAUUUUGUGUUUAUCUGCUGUAAUUUUUGAAUUCUGCUGCCAUUGUUCUGUUGACCAUUUGCAUUUCUUCUUUUCUGAGUUCCAUAGUCAUGUUUUAUUCAAUUUGACAGAGCUGUUUUUAUAAACAGUAGCUAUAAGGUCUCGAUAUUUGAAAUUUCAGUACUUAGUUGAAUCUAGGUAUUGCCAACAAGUUUUCAUUGGCUUCUUCAUUUAUUUUUCCUUAUAGUGUUUCACUUUCCCAUAGUCAAAUUGGGUAACCUUAAUUUAGUGCUUUUUGGAUUUCUUUAGUGUGCUUUUUCCCAGAACUGAGGCACAGAAAUUUAUUGUAUAUAUUUUCUCUUUAAAACUCUUGCAGUGUUGAUACCCUUUAUUUUUUUCAAGUAGUCCUUUAAUCCACAGAGUGAAAGGAUCCAAUUUUACUUAUUUUCCAAAGUAUAACUGAUUGUGCCCAUACCAUUUAGUAAUAAUUGUGUUCUCACUCGUGGAACAGAAAUGCAUCCUCAUGUUAUUUUAAUUUUCUAUGUUCUCUGCAUCUGCUUCUGACCACUCACUUUGUCUACCAUCCUCUUUUGCUGUUGAUUCUUGAGAACUUCAGUUUAAUUAAAGUAGCGAGCUUUAAUGUCUGGUAGUGAAAUGCCUGUUUUGACUGUGCAUACUUCUAACCUUUCUUCACUAUUCUCAUAUUUUCCUUUACCAAAUGAAAAACUGGUUAUUUAGCCAUAUUCUUAUUUUUUCUUUAUGAGUUUGUGAGACUUAUGUAAAAACUAUCCUUGACUAAUGAUUUUCUCUUUGAUAUUCAUAGUACCAAAAUCACUCAGCUUUGUGAAUCUAUCAGGAAAUUCUUGAGGUCCUUUACCCAUAAAGGGAAAAGGUUGAUCUUGCUUUGUAGGUCUGAAACUUGCAGUCCAAAAUUGAUUGGUUGUGGUUUUAUGAGUGUCUGUGUGGUGAGUGCCUUGCAUUAGGGUGAGAGGGUGGAUGGAGGCAAGUUCUCCCUGGAGGAACCAGGAAACCAAAUGUGUGACUCCAGAGGGAUGAAAUCCAAGGUCCCCUUCCAGGUCCCUUGUCUAUGCAGCUCCCUCUAGGCUCCUGAGGCUCAGGUGACUUUCCAAUAGCGCUACAUGGGGCCCAGGCCUUAGCACUCUGAACUUCAGGUUUUGUUCUUUCAGACCACAGAAAUAUUUGCUCUGCAUUUUGGGAACACGCACUUCAAAAACAUUGUGUAACAGUACUAGAGGGCUGUGUCACUGAAAUUUGGAUUCAACAAUUUAUAAUAGAAGAAAUCUUUUUUAUUUAAAGAAAAACAGAAAGCAAAACAGAAAAAAGAGUAGAAAUAAUACAGAAUUUCAAGAAAAAUUAAUGCUAAGUGAUCAUUAAUUGAUAAAUUACAUAUUAUCACCUUAGAAAUAGUUGUUCAAGUUACAAAAUUGAGACACAGGAAGUAGACAAUCAAACAAUGAUAGUGCAAACUGUUCUAUUCAGCGAUCCAACAAAAAGUUAGUAAUGUGGUUAUCUAUCUUACACAGUUAAAGAUACAUCCAGUUAUAUCCUUUGGAGUACUUUCCUUCCUUUUCUUUUUUACAGUAGCAAUUACACAUUUCAGAUCUUAUUACUCCUCCGAUUUUUAUUACUUUUUACAUCAGAGACACAAUGUGAUAUUUAUCAAUAUGAUUAUUAUUUAUUUCACUUAUGAGGAUAGUCUCUAGUUCAUUCCAUUUACGUAUAAAGGCCUCAAGAUCAUCCUUUAUAUAUCUGAGUAAUAUUCCUUUGUAUAAAAAUACCAUAUCUUUUUCAUCUACCUUGUUUUUGAUGGUUAUUUUGGUUGUUUCCAAGAUUUAGCUACUGCAAAUUUUGCUCCUAUAAUCAUGGGUGCACGUAUAUCACUGUGACAUGACUUCUUCAGUUUUUAUGGGAAAAUACCCAGGUGGGAAAUAGCUGGAUUGAAAGGAACUUGUAAUCCAAGUCUUGUGAGUAAUCUCCAUAGUGAUUUCCAUAGUGGCUGCACCAGUCUACACUCCCACCAACAGUGAAAAAGUGUUCGUUUUUGCCCACAACCUCACCAGUAUUUGUUAUCAGUUGGUUUCUUGAUGGGUGCCAUUCUUUUUUGGGUGAGAUGAAAUCUCAAUUCGUUUUAAUUAGCAUUUCUUCAAUGACCAGUGAUGGUUAAAAUUUCUUCUUGUAUUUAUUUUCCAUUUAUAUGUCUUUAUCUGAGAACUCUAGGUUCAUCUCAGAUGCCCAUUUUUGGAGAUGGUCUUUGAAUUUAAGGGGUCCUGAUGUUUUUCAAUUUUUUCUAUGUUUUAGAUAUAAGUUCUUUGUCUGAGGGGUUGAGGGUUAAAAUUUUUUCCUAUUCAGUAGAGUUUCUUUUCACCUUUUUGGUAGUGUUUUUGAAGUGCAAAAACUUUUUAAACAUAUGAGGUCCCAAUUGUUAAUUGUUUAAAGUAUUUCCCGUGCAGUUUGCAUUUUGUUCAUGAAUUCUCUGCCUGUCCCUGUGUCUCCAAGACUUCUACCUACCUUUUCUUCCAGUAGAUAUAGUGUUUCUGUUUUAAUAUUUAGAUCUUUGAUCCACUUUGAUUUUAGUUUACACAUUGUGAUAGGCAUGGGUCUAGCUAGCCUUCGGCACGUGGAGAGCAAAUUUUUCCAACACCAUUUAUUAAAGAGGCUAUCCUUCUUACAGUGAACUUGUUUAGACUCUUUGUCAAAGAUCUGGUGGCUGAGCGUCUUUGUAGUUGUGUUUGCAUCUUAUAAUAGUAGAAAUCUUAAGAAAUAUAUGAGUAAUACUCUAGGUGAAUGAAUAGUUGUUUCAUUCAGAUUAAGUAUCUGAUAUCUUUUAUUGGAGGAGGUAUGCAUUUGUAUUAGUUUGUUUUGUCUUUAUACUCAUCGAGAUGAUCUUAUAGCUAAAUCAUGGUCUGGGACAUAUUAACAGGGUUUCAAGAUGGGGGUCUUCGGUUAACGAGGGUAAAGUGAUGAUAGAAUUUAAUUUCUAUGAAGUAGGAUGACUACAGUUGUAGGGUCAUCAAUAUUUUGCUUGAAUUUCGACUGAUGGCAUGACGAGGAUCCAAAGACAUUGAACUUGGGCACAUAUCUCUCUGUGCUUUGCAUCUGUCAUUAUGCUCUUUACCCAAGGCUGGACCCUGAAACUUCCUGAACUAAGAGAAAGUUGAGUGUGGUUCACUGGGUCACUCAGAGGGAUUUAGAGAUAUAAAUGAUGUGUGCAAUUUUAUGUGACCCACCACACAAAGAUAUUUCUGAGAAUGUGAAAUGCAUUGUGCCAUAGGGUGUUGUCUAUAUACUUGUGUGCAUACUCUAACAUACAUUUAAAAUGUUAUAAAAUAUGUAAUAAAUACGAUCAUGUAUGUAUUUAUAAAAUGAAAAUUGGUUUUUUGAAGGAUAUAUAUGAAAAUCUUAAAAAUUUCUAUAUUUUUGAGUGUGACUAGAACUUACGUAAAACUCUGAAAGAUAUAUUCAGAUGUCAAAGAUGGUCCAUUGACUUAGAGCCUGGAUAGGUUAAAAUUCCAAAGAAAGUCUCAUCCAGAGGGCUGUGGACCCCAUACACCUGUCCAUUCUUAUGUCAGGUGUACAGCUUUCUUGAGAAACCUGUUAACCUUUUGCAUUGCUUAGGAAGAUCAGUCAUGCCAUGAAGUGCACCUUCUUGAUAGGAGGGAAGCUAUGGUGAUAGGGUAUGUGUGAUGAUGCUGGUGUACUGGUGAGUACGUGUGUUUGUGUCUGUUAGUAUGUGUGUUUGUAUGCAGAGUCUUAGGCCUUACAAACGUUGCAUCCCUGAGGGGGAUGCAUCCCUCCUGUCAAGAAAUCGUCCUGAAUUUCUCCAUGCUACUUAUGUCUAGAGAUGGAAUUAAUUUUCUCUUCAAGUAUGGUAUAUCACCAUUGAAGAAAAGAGUAAAAUUACUUAGGUCAAGGAAAUAAAGAAAGCAGUCCCAGUCUCUUCCACUUUUUGAUCAGUUUCAGUAGCAGAGGCUACUAAGUCUAGCUGGGAGGAACACGGCUCAGUGUGUACAGGUUGAAGACAUUCAGGCUGUAGCAAUAUGAAGGUGUUAUAUAGUGACAUGGUCAUAAAAGUUCUGUGCUUCUACCAGUGGAUUUGGACACGAACCCUCCACUGGCCGUAUGGCUUAUGAAUAUGUUCUCACAAUACCUAGGGUGUCUUUAAUAUCAUUGAUUGUUUCCUUUGCUGUAGAGAAAAUGUUUGCUUGAUGUAAACCCAUUUGUCCAGUUUAUUCCCCUUAAGCUUUUGAAUUCAGAUUUUAAAAAAUCACUGUCCACACCAGUAUACUAUAGUUUCCUCUGUUGUUCUUUUAGUAGUUUUAGUAUUUGUGUCUUUGGUUGGAUCUUUUAUUCGUUUUUAGUUGAAUGUUAAGUAUAAUAUGAAUGAAAGUUCUUAUUGUUUGAUGAAAAUGGAGAUUCAGUAUUUCUUAGAUAUUUAUUGAAGAGACUAUUCUUUAUAAAUUAUGUUUUUUGUUAUUUUUGUGAAAAAUCUAUUCAUGUUAGGUUCAUCUUUUACUUGUGAAAUCUGAUCACUGAUCACUGUGUCUUUUUUUUGUGUGUGUGUGGAUAUUGUACUAUUUCAAUUUCAUUCCAGAGUUUCCUCAUAAGGUAUCUUAAAUAAUCCAUACUUUGUGAGUGCAUGUGAAUUUUGGCAUUGUACUUUACAUUUUUAUGAGGAAGAUAAUUGUCAUUGUUGUUAUUGAUGGUACAUGAGGAGCCGCCUGGAGCCUAAAACUCCUGGGAAGAACAGACUUUCUUCAUCUAUCUAUAGGCAGUCUGACAUCUGAGUGAAUAUCAGUAAAUAGCUAAAGAGGGGACUGAGUACAUACAGGUUUUAGGUGUAGGGGUUCAAUUUUGAAGAAUCUCAAAAUUCUAGAUAAGCUAUUUGAGUUUGAUGCUGUAGGGCCACUCAGCAUAGGUUGUACAUAAGCUGGCAUCAGGGGACUACAGGGCGACCUUAGUCCCACAUGUAGAUCAUCAUUCAGGAGAAGAGUAAAAUUGCUUAGAUCAAGAAAAUAAAGAAAGCACUGCCAGUCUCUUCCACUUUUUGAUGAGUUUCAGUAGCAUUGGCUACUAAGUCUAGCCACUGGCUACUAAGUCUAGUCUAGUGGCGUUGGUUAGAGGCAUUGACGCUGUAGUAGUAUGCAGGUGUUAUACAUCUACACAACCAUAAAAGAUCUUUGGUUCUACCAUUGGAGUUGGACAUGAACCCUCCACUGGAUGUAUUUUUAUAAAUUUUUUUAAAUCAAUUCCUAGUGUGUGUUUAAUAUCAUUGAUUGUUUCUUUUGCUGCAGAGAAAAAUUGUGUUUGAUGUAACCCCAUUUAUUUAAUUUAUUUUCCUUGUGCAUUUGGACUCAGAUAAAAAAAUCACUGGCUACAUCAGUAUUUAUAAUUUAUUUCUGUUGUUCUUUCCAUAGUUCUAUUAUUUCUGUCUUCAGUUGGAUGUUUUAUUCAUUUUUAGUUGAAUGGUAAAUAUAAUAUGGAUGAAGGGUCCGAAUUUUUGUAUGCAUAUAGACAUUGUUUUCUUUAGAAGUUUAUUGAAGAGGAUAUUGUUUAUGAAUUAAAUAUUUUUGAUAUCUUGUGAAAAGUCUAUUCAUGUUAGGUGCAUUUUUUACUUCUGUAUUCUGAUCACUGGUCACUAUGUCUUUCUUUUUGCAGAUAUUGUACUAUUUCAGUUUUAUUAUAGAGUUACCUCAUAAGGUAUCUUAAAUAAUCAAUACUUUGUGAGUGCAUGUGAAUUUUGGCAUCAUACUUUACAUUUUUUGUGAGAAUGUAAUUGUCAUUAUUGUUAAUUAUGGUGCAUGGGGAGUUAUUGGAAUCUAAAACUCUGGGGAAGACAGCUCAUCUAUAAGUAGUCUAACAUCUGAAUGAAUAUCAGCAAAUAUCUAAAGGAGGGGACUGAGUUCAUUUAGCUUUUAAGGCUGGAGGCGCAAUUUCAAGGACUCUCAAAAGAAUCUGGAUGAGAUGUUUGAGUUUAAGGCUGUAGGUGCACUCAGCACAGGUUGGUACACAAGGUGGCAUCAGAGGACUGCGGGGCGACCCUUAGUCCUACGUGAAACUUUUAAUUGCUUUUGGUUCUUGUUUACCAGGGUCAAGCUGUUGCCUGUACUGGAGAGUUUAUCGUUUACACUGGGUAGUCGAAGUCUCUCUGAGGUCAUUCUUGUGCCAGUCCUAUCCAUUUAAAGAAGAGUUGUGUGAAAUAUGUGUGUGUUUUGCUUUAAGAUACAUAUUUAGCUUUCUGGAUGUUUGUAAUCUUCCACUCUCUAGUUCACUCAUUUAUUCUCUGAUACUUCCUCUUUGUGUCUAUUUUGAGGUGUUCUUUCUUUUCCUAGUUCAAGGAGAUAUAUGAGGAUCAAUUUUCUUUGUAAUAUGGUCAUACAUUUUGAUACAAUUUAGUGCUAGAAGUUGUCCACUUCCACGAUGCUAAGACUCUGGCUUGAAAUCAGUUUUGUUUGUGCUAAGUAUAGCUACCCAUUUUUAUUUUUCAUUUUUGCUGUACACAUAUUUUUCCAUCCCCUAAUUUUCUACUUACCUGUAGAGACACAGAUAGGUGGCAUCAAACAGAAUUUCAUUUUUUGUGGUUUGUUUUUUGUUUUUGGUGUAUUAAAUUGUUUUUUUUUACUGGAGAUUUAACUUAUUUCAAGUGAUCUUGAUUGGUAAUGAAUUACUACUGCCACUGUAUUGAUUGUUUUCUAGCUCUACUCUGCUUUAAAUGCUUUGCAUUUUUUCCUUCUCUUUGGUCUUGCUUGGUGAGUUCGUGUGUUUCAGUAAUCAUAUGCUUUAAAGUCCUCUCUAUUUGUGAUUCUAAUAAAGAGAUUUGCAUUGUAAUUACUCUAAGGCCAGCAUAGAAUAUUUGUACUACUUGAUUGUUUAAUUAAAAAUAACACUAUAUAUUUUCUUAAUGUUGUUAUCAUUAAUAUAAUUUAGUGCUGCAAACUGAACUGAGGACUUCCCAUGGACUAAGCACACACUUUUCCAGUGAACUUCACUCUUAGACACCUUUUAACUGAUAGGAUAUACAUUUACUCUUGUCUCUUCUCUAAACAUUCAUGGUUUGAAUGUCAGAAUUUCCAUUAUGCUGUCAUGUGCAUGGCUUUACCAUGUAUUUUAACUAUGACUUUUAUUCAUGAUUUUAUACGUUAUCCAAUAUAUUAGGGUUGAAAUUGUCUAACAUCCCAAUAUUAUAAUCUUAAAAUAUUUUAUUAAGGGUCUGGUUUAAUUAUGCAAUCAACAUUUGUCUUUCAUGUAUUUUAAGUUGUGAUUUUUCCUAAAUUUUCAUACUCUCAAUGUUGGUUUGCUUUCCAUUUAAGGAACUGCCUUUACAAUUUUUUCUAGUACUGAGACUCAUAAAUUUUUGUUUCUGUGGGAAAAUUUUGAUUUCUCAUCUGAGAAAACAGUUUUGUUGGAUAAUACAUUCUUGGUGUGAAAAAUUUCUUGUACAAAUCCACUAAUAUAUGUAUUGACUUUUUGUAUGUGAUGUUUCUACUAUUGUUACUGUCAAAAUUUUGCUUUGGGCACAUGAACCUUUGGUGGAAGGCAGGACCAAACCCUGAGACCCAGGACAGGCUGAACCUGGGCAUAUGGGCUCACCUGUGCCUGUAGCAGCCUGAUGGAAUGGAAUGCCAAAGACCCAGGACAGCAGGUCAUAGGAGCACAGAGUAAUCAGGAAGGCCAGCAACAUGGACGUACCAAAGUAGCAACGAGGAGCUGCAGUUGAGCCCUGGAGAGCUCCAUCCAACAAAGUCCCGGCACCCAUAUCCUGAGGUCAAGAUCUGCCCCACAGAUGGCACGUUUUUGGGAUCGGAUUUGGUCACAAUUCAGAACUGUAGACACCAGUGGUAUUUUAUUACCUUUUUUCUCUCUUGGGUGUCUGAUUUGUUAUCCUUUUCCUAUCUGUUUGGAAGUCAUAUUUUUUGUCCUGUGUUUUGUUAUUAUUUUCUGGUUUUCGAUUUUUUUUCUUUCUCCUCUCUUUCUUAGGUCCACUGUUUUUCUUUCUUUUCUUCCUUUCAUUCUCCUGGCUCUUGCUUCUUUUUUGUUUACCAUUUGGGUUUCUUAUCUAUUGUUUCAUUUUCUUCUACUGAGUGUCUUUCUCUCUUUCCUUACCUAGUUUAUGAAUUUAAGCUUUCAAGUGAGUAAACAUGUUUCUUUCCCUUAUGAUUAGUACUGCACAUUCUAUUUAAUUCAUUCCCUCCUGCAUCCUGCAGUUUCCCAAAACUUGAGUGAUCAUCUUUUGACCUCCAGCCUUGACUCUACUGUAUUUGACCUUGUUCACCACUUUAGUCUGUUCCCUACGCGUUUUAACUUCUCUGCUCCAAAAAAAAGGUUAAAAUCAUUUCACUGAGGGGGCAAUUGCUGCAUAGAAAUAUAGUUAUUUUGUUAUAUAACUUUAGAGUCUGCUCUAAUGGAAGCAAUAGAUUAAAGAUUACCAUAUUUCUGUAGCUAAACUGUACUUGAAGCUAUUGUGAUUGCUAAGUGGCCUAUUGUAGCCAGGAUGUGAUAUAUCAGUUUUUCUCCCCUGUGUGUAACUCUGUGAUUUUACAGGGUUAUAAUGAAAAACAAAACCGAGUAUGAAGGACUCAGAGCCAGAGAGUGACUUUGCAACCUUUACAGUUGGGAAGGCAGAUUCUUGGGAUAGUUAACAAAGAGCAGUGUACACCCAGAGGACAUCCAGGAAAAGCAGCCGUCUCCUAGGGAAGCCUCAAUACUAGUGAUAAAGCUUUCAACCAUAAAAGCCAGAAAGUAUCAACAUAGAAACCUAAAUAAAAUAAUAAAGAGAAAUUACAAAAUGACAAGCCAUAGAAGCAAAACAUAACUACAGAUCCCAAGACCACUAAGGAGAAGCUCAGAACACAAUGAAAUAAGAGAAAUAGGAAAUCAAUCACUGGAGCUUUCUGAAAUGAUAGCAACAGAAUUGAAAAAAACUAGUGACAGAGGCUAUACAGAAAAUAGUAUCCCAGGUACAGAAAUUAAUGAUGCUGACAAAGAUAUUAGAGAAGACACAGAUAAAAGAAUAGAUGAGCUUGAAAACUGAUGGAAACAAAAAAUGCCCAACAUAGGAAAGAAAUGGUAUCUAUGAAACAGAUUCAAACAGAAAUGAAAGCAUUUAAACCUUUAAGAAUAUAUACAAACAGACUGAAUGAAGGAGACGACAGAAGAGCACAUCUUGAAGACAUAAUGGUAACUAAUGAUCAUGAAAAGCAAGAUAUCUUAAAAAUCACAAGAGACCAUGAAAAAUCAAUCGAAUAGCUGCAAGAAAAUGCGAAAAGAAAUAACAUAUUGAAUAGGGUUAAUGAAAAUGCCGGAAAUAGCGCAAGGACCAUAAAAACAUUCUCCACAGAAAUGUCAGAAAAGUUCCCAAAUGUGGACAAAGAAUUUGACAUACAAAUAAAUGAAGCAUACAGAGCUCCAAACAACCAUGACCAAAAUAAAACUACACCAAUAUAUAUAAACAAAGAUUCCAGAAAUUCAGCGCAAGAAUAGAAUAGUAAAAGCUGUUAGAGAAAAGAAACAGGUCACUUAUAGAAGAAAAAUCCAUCAGAAUCAUGGCAGACUUUUCUUUUUUUUUUUUUUUUUUUUUGUCUUUUUCAUUUUUUACUGGUACCAGGGAUCGAACUCACGACUGCCUGCUUGCAAGGCAGGCGCUUAUGCCGCUGAGCUAAAUCCCCAGCCCCUCAUGGCAGACUUUUCAAUACAAAUCCUGAAGUCAAGAAGAAUUUGGAGUGAAGUAUUUCAAGUCCUGAAAGAAAGCAACUUCCAACCCAGAUUAUGUACCCUAAAAAACUGUUUUUCAAAUUUAAUGGAGAAAUAAGAUACUUCCAUGACAGAGCACAACUGAAGAAAUUCAUGAUCCAAAACGAAUCCUACAAGAGUACUAAAAGAUAUUCUAGACAGAGAUAGUGAUAACCACAGUUCCAAGAAGAACAAUGGAAAGAAAGCAGGCAGGGUUAGCAGUUAAACAGAGGGGAAUAUUAGGGAACCAGCAGCAAGAAAAUAUCACAACAAAGGUAAGCCAAUGCAUAUCAGUUAUAACCAUCAAUGUCAGUGGUCUCAAUUUACCAAUCAUAUGAAACAGAGGCAGAAUUGAUCAGGAAACAAGAUCCAACAAUAUGCUGUACAAAAGAAACACAUUUAGCUCAAAAAAGAAAUUCAUAGACUGAAAAUGGAAGAAUAGAAACCUAUUUUCCAUGCAACAGGGAUCCAGAAAACAAGCAGGAGUAAGUAUUCUGUUUGAAGACAAUGUGAAUUUUGAACCAUAAAUGAUUGCAAGAGAUAAAGAAGGUCAUUACACACUUGCUGGAGGAAAAGUUCAAGAGGAAUCGCUCAAAAAGAAAUUCAUAGACUGAAAAUGGAAGGAGGGAAAUCUGUCUACCUUGAUGUUAUGUCUCAGUUUUUCUACUGAUUUGUCACAUUGUUUUAUUCAUCUCUGGAAGUAUUUGCUGCUAGUUUUUCCUUUUUUUGGUAAUACUUGGUGAUGAACCAUGGCUUUUCCAAUACAUCCCUUGUCUUUUUCACAUGUUAAAUUUUGAACAAGGAUAUUGUUAAAUUGUCCAGGCUGGGUUGAGAUUUUGACUCUCCUGCUUCAGCCUUUCAGCAUGCUGGUUUGACAGUCUUGGGGCCUAUUUUCUGCUUCUUUAUUGUUUGUAUUUCUGCCACCUCUUCUUGUUUUUGUGGACUGUUUUCCAAAUUUCAUGAAUCUUUUACAUCCAUACGUUGCUAGAGUUCACUGAAUUUUUAAAAUGGGAGAUUCCUGAAUUCUUUGCAGUCAUUUCAUCGAUCUCCAUUUCUCUGGAGUGCGUUAUUGGAGCUUUAUUAGUUCACUUCGAUUUCCUAAUUGAUCUUUCUUAUGCUCCUGCUGUUUGUGUGUGCAGCUCCAUCUGCUGGCCCUUCAGGGUGAUCUGUGACAGGGAUGGGCCUUCUCUACUUCAUGCAGCCUGUAAUCUGGCAGGACCAGCCAGGGACAACUCCUGGCAGCCAGAAACCUUGUCGAGUCUCUAGUUGGCUGGCCAUCUGCCUGUGCUCUGGUAAGAGACGGGCUUGCUGUCUGGC